AUGACUUCCGAAAAUCCCAUCGUCUUUUACGACAUAGCCUCUGAUGCUCCCCGUCGGACCUUCGCUCCCAAUCCAUGGAAGACUCGCUUCGCCCUUAAUUUCAAAGGCGUUCCCUACCGAACAGAAUGGACACACAUGCCAAACAUCACCUCCGUGCGAGAAAAACUAGGCGUACCCGCCAACCGCACUCUCCCCGACGGAACUCCCUAUCACACCUUACCCGUAAUCCACGACGUCGCCAGAGGAGAGGUCAUCGGCGACACCUUUGAAAUCGCCCUCUACCUCGACCGAGCCUUCCCUGACUCUCCGUCCUUAUUCCGACCCUCCACAACCGGCCUCACCGCAGCUCUAAACCAACACAUCGACGGCCUCUUUACGAAACACGUCGGUCUCUGCAGCACCAUGCCCUUCGACCCGAGCGUCAAAGACGAAUGCAUGGCCAUCUUCGCCAAACGAGCGGGCGUCAAGUCUCUCGAGGAUGUGAAAAUGACGCCUAAGCAGCGAGAAGCCAUGUUCGUAUCGUUCGAAGCCGCGCUGGGCGAGCUGGCGAAACGGUCGGGGAGGCAGGGUGCGGCGAUGUUUUUGGACGGGGAGGGACCGGCGUAUGGGGAUUUUGUGGUGGGUGCGUGGUUGAAGAUGAUGGAGGCGAGUAUGGCUACGGAGGACUGGACGAGGGUUAAGGGGUUUCAAGGAGGGUUUUGGGGCAGGGUGGUUGAUGCGUUGAGCCCGUGGACGGAGAUCAAGUAA